AUGCCUCGGGAGCAGCAGGCUGGCUGCAUCCUUCUUCUCACUUUCCUGGGUCUGUCUGGGCUGGUUGACACAGUUACCAGAACAUACUACAUUGGGAUUGUGGAAGAAUACUGGAAUUAUGUACCCCAAGGGAAGAAUGUUAUUACUGGGAAAAGCUUCGCAGAAGACAAACUUGCAACCUUAUUUCUUGAAAGAGGGCCCAACAGGAUAGGCAGCAUUUACAAAAAGGCCGUUUACAGACACUACACAGAUGGGACCUAUUCCACGGAGAUCCGCAAACCCUCCUGGCUCGGAUUCCUGGGCCCUAUUUUGAGGGCUGAAGUGGGUGAUGUGAUGGUUGUCCAUUUAAAGAACUUUGCUUCCCGGCCUUACUCUUUGCAUCCACAUGGUGUUUUCUACGACAAGGAUUCAGAAGUUCAUCUUGAACUUUUUCCUCUACUUUUUUGAAUGUGCCUGCUAGGUGUCCUGAAUAAAUAUUCAGGGACAAGGACUGAUGUGGACCGAGAGUUCGUUAUAAUGUUCACUCUGGUGGAUGAGAACCAAAGCUGGUACCUCAAUGAAAAUAUCAGACAUUUCUGCACUGACCCUGAUUCAGUUGACAAAGAAGAUGCUGUUUUCCAGAGAAGUAACAAAAUGCAUGCCCUCAACGGAUACCUCUUUGGAAACUUCCCAGAGCCUGAAAUGUGUGUUGGUGAAUCUGUGUCCUGGCACCUCCUUGGAAUGGGGAAUGAGAUAGACAUCCACUCCAUCUAUUUUUAUGGUAACACCUUCAUCAGCAGAGGGCACCGAACUGAUGUUGUCAACUUGUUCCCAGCCACCCUUCUGACCGCAGAAAUGAUAGCUGAGAAUCCUGGGAAAUGGAUGAUAACCUGCCAAGUCAGUGACCACUUACAAGCUGGUAUGCUGGGGCAGUAUAAUGUUGGUACCUGCAAAAGUGCUUUCUCCCACCCCAAGAUGAAGGGUCAGGAAAGGCGCUACUUUAUUGCUGCUGAAAAAAUUCUUUGGGAUUAUGGUCCUCAAGGCUACAACAAAUUCAGUGGUCUUCCCCUAAAUGCCUCUGGCAGUGACUCUGAACCCUACUUCACACAACGGGACAACAGAAUAGGAGGAAAAUAUUGGAAGGUUCAAUAUGUUGAGUAUAUUGAUGCAACUUUUACACGAAGAAAGAGACUCUCUGAGGCAGAAGACCAUCUUGGAAUUCUUGGCCCUGUCAUCAAGGCAGAGGUGGGUGAUAUCCUGUUAGUGACCUUUGCCAACAAAGCAGACAAGGUCUACAGCAUUUUGCCCCAUGGUGUGAUCUAUGACAAGUUAUCGGAUGCAGCCCCAAACUUAGAUGGGUUUCUGAAACCAGGGGCACAUGUGAAGCCAGGUGAAACCUUCACAUACAGGUGGACAGUGCCUGAGAGCGUAAGCCCAACAGCUGGUGACCCCCCCUGUCUGACAUAUCUUUACUUCUCAGCAGUUGAGGCAGUCAAGGACACCAGCUCUGGCCUUGUAGGGCCUUUGCUGGUCUGUAAAAAGGGUGUUCUCAAUGCUGAUGGAACACAGAAAGGAAUAGACAAGGAAUUUUACCUGCUGUUCACAGUCUUUGAUGAGAAUCUGAGCAGGUAUCUUGAUGAAAAUAUUCAGAAGUUUACCCAGCAUCCCUUCACUGUUGACAAAGAGGACAAAGAGUUUGUGAAAUCCAACCGAAUGCAUGCUAUUAAUGGCUAUAUGUAUGGCAACCAGCCAGGCCUAACCAUGUGCAGAAAGGAUCGAGUCUCCUGGCAUAUGAUUGGAAUGGGCACCGACACCGACAUGCAUGGAGUUGAUUUCCAAGGGAACACUAUCCACCUCCAAGGGACUCACCGCGACACCCUGGCCCUGUUCCCCCACACCUCCACAACGGCAUUCAUGCAGCCAGACCGCGCAGGCAUUUUCAGGGUGUUUUGUUCCACCAUGCACCACUUCAUGAGAGGCAUGAAUCAGAUCUAUGAAGUCACUAGCUGUGGCAACAAGGACCCUCCUGAGCAGCUGCACGGGGUGAUAAGAACCUUUUACAUCGCCGCCGAGGAGGUAGAAUGGGAUUAUGCCCCUAACAAAAACUGGGAGUUCGAAAAGCAGCGCUCGGAAGCAAAAUGGGAAAGACACGGAGAUAUAUUUAUGAACCACACUGAAAACUGGAUUGGCUCUCAGUACAAGAAGGUGGUUUACAGAGAGUACACCAAUGGAGAAUUUGUGGAGAUCAAAGCCCGGCCACCGAGAGAGGAGCACUUAGAACUCCUGGGCCCAAUGAUUCAUGCAGAGGUGGGUGACUCCAUCCUGAUCGUAUUUAAUAACAAAGCCACGCGACCCUACUCCAUCUCAGCCCAAGGCGUGGAGGAGGUAGAUAGUGGGAAGCGACUCCAAGUGCCCAUCACAAAGCCAGGAGAAAUAAGAAUUUACCAAUGGACUAUCCCUAAAAGAUCAGGCCCUGGGCCCUCUGACCCAAAUUGUAUUCCAUGGGUUUACUAUUCAACAGUAAACUUUGUGAAGGAUACAUAUAGUGGUUUGAUGGGUCCUCUGAUUACAUGCAGAAAAGGAGUGUUGAAUGAAAAGGGAAGAAGAAGCGAUAUUGAUUAUGAAUUUGCUCUCUUGUUUUUGAUAUUUAAUGAGAAUGAAUCCUGGUAUCUGGAUGACAAUAUUAAGAAAUAUCUCAAUAAAGAUCUGCGAGAUUUUAAGCCCACUGAUGAUUUUGAGGAGAGCAACAAAAUGCACGCUAUUAAUGGGAGAAUUUUUGGGAAUCUUCAUGGGCUCAUAAUGAAUAAAGACACAAUGACAAACUGGUAUUUGCUAGGAAUUGGAGGUGAAGUGGACAUACAUACCGUCCAUUAUCAUGCUGAGAGCUUUCUUCUCAAAACAGAUAAAUCUUACCGAGGAGAUGUGUAUGAUCUGUUUCCCGGGACAUUCCGAACCAUCGAACUGUUUGCGGAUCACCCAGGGACAUGGCUGCUACACUGUCAUGUGUCUGACCACAUCCAUGCUGGCAUGGAGACAACCUACACAGUCCUCCAGAACACAGACAACAGGAUUCCAUACUCCACCAAGUCUCCUUCUGAAGAAGCAUCUCAUCCAGUCACCGUGCCCUCUGAUGAAGGACCCAAUAAGGAGAAGCUCUAUUUCUUUGGCAAGAUCCUGGGUCCCAAAGGAGCCAAGGCAGCCUUAGUCAUCCUUUUUAUCAUCGGACUCAUCCUCAUGAUAGCCAUGGUGAUUCUCUUCCUCAGACUCCACUCUGUGAGGAAUCAGCUGCCGUACCAGCAAGUCCAGUCCUGUGCUCUCCCCACAGAUGCUCUGUGA